AAAAACAUCAUCCACACACACGCCCACUUGAGUUUAUACUCCGGCGCGCCAUCAUACAAGUGGAUCACGCAUCCUCCCGCUUCGUACCACCAUCCGUCAACAUCAUUGUCAACAAAGCCUUCACUGGCCGUGUUCCUGGCUACCUUACUCGAGCCACUCUGUCGCAAACCUCAUUCUAGAGUACCAUUAGCAUGCCCUGCCACCGUCGCGCCCUGCAUUGCCAAACCCCGACCCGCAGCGUGCACGACGAGUAAACACGCGGUGUGUGCUUACACAGACCGAGACAUCGCGCCCCGCGACACGCGACAUUCCAGAAGCGCACACCUCUCAUCGCACUGGGAGAACUCACCACAAACGCAUCGCCACCAUCUUCAUCGCGCGCGCCACCAUGGACACGAGCUACCUGGCGCAGCAGGUCAACUCGAGCGUAGCCCAGCUGCAUGGGCUAUUCGACGAGAUUGGCGUGCCCAGCCACGAGCGCGAGGCACGCGAAGCCGAGCUCUUCGAGUCGCUCUCACAGGCCCUAGAAGGCCAAGUCCGCCAUGUCAAUGCCGAGAAGAAGGAGAUGGUCGAAGAGGCCAAGAAGAUCAUCACAGCCAUCCACCAGAUGGAGACAUCGCUCGACGACUCGAAACGAAGUCGCGACGACGACAGCAUGCAGAUCACCUACCCUCUCAACCGAUGCCUAGCGCACCUCAAGGAAAAGCACCAGCAGAUCCAGCGCCUACACAGGGAGCGGUUUGAGCAGGUCAAGAAACUUGUCGAGGCCCUCGAAUCCUACUCGUCUCACUUGGAACCUACCUUUGUCCAGAUCGCUCUUCCACCCACCAGUCCCAAUGCCUCGAUUCCACCGACGUUUGACCUCUCGCCUAGCUAUGUGGAUCGCCUUGAUGUUGAGUUCACCCGCGUCUACGAAGAAUACACACAACGGAUCGCCACCGUGCAGAGUCUAGCCAACAGUAUCAUAUCGCUCUGGGCGGAGCUUGGCAUCCCUCAGGCCCAACAGGACGGCGCCAUUGUAAAGUACUACCGCGAAUCGCCAGAGCAGCUCGGUCUGCACGAGGAGGAUCUCGCCCGACUCCUCGCUAAGCGUGACAAGCUGUCGGAAGAGAAGAAGAACCGCGAGAAGAAGCUGCAGAGUCUCAAGGCUGCCGUGGAGGCCCUCUGGAUCAAGCUCGACGUCGAUGCUGGCGAGACCAAGGCUUUCCUCAACGCAAACCGCGGCUGCGGCGUUCGACAGAUCAAUGAAUUUGAGGAUGAGCUCGCCAGGCUCAAUGAGCUCAAGCGACAAAACCUGCACCUGUUCGUCGAGGAUUCGCGCGUCAAGCUUCAGGAACUCUGGGACUCGCUGUACUUCUCCGAGGAUGAGAUGCUCGAGUUUACACCUGCCUUUUCAGACGUCUACAGCGAUGCCCUGCUCGAAGCUCAUGAGAGGGAGGUUGCGCGGCUGGAGGCGCUCAAGGAGCAGCGCGCACCCACUCUGUCGCUGAUUGACCGUCACAAGUCUCUCAUCAAAGAGCGCGACGACCUUGCCACAUCGAGCCAGGAUGCCUCGCGGCUCAUGGCCCGAGGGCAGAAGGGUGAGAAGCGUGACCCUGGCAAACUUCUCCGAGAGGAGAAGAUGCGCAAGCGCAUUGCGAAGGAACUGCCCAAGAUCACGGCCGAACUGCGUAAGAUUCUCGAGAAAUGGGAGGACGAGUACGACCGACCGUUCCUGGUCUUUGGAGAGCGCUAUCUGGACGAGAUUGAGGCUGGCGAGGCUAAGAGAACCGCCGCACCUGGUCCUCGCUCCAAGACACCUGCCGGGCCACCAGCCUCGGCAGUCAAAGCGGCACCCAAGUCUGUGCAAAGCAAGACCACCACGAGACAGAUCCCGCCGAGAUCCAUGACCAAGACACCCACCUCCACAUACAGAAAGACGCCCGCAAAACCUGCGGCGGCACAGCCCAGUGGCAAGGCCAGUCCUAGCAGGAUUCCUGCCCGCGCGCCGCUAUCGAAUCUCAAGCACGGCAACAACUCGCCUGAGAGGGCACGUCCAGAGUCAAGGAGUGAUUUGCAUAGGAACGGGGCACCCAUGAGGGCACCGCCACCAAAGAUGCGCGACCUGCGCUCUGUGCCCGAGCUGGAGACGCCCAGGAAUCCAUACAAGGGUGCCGGCAUUGCGGGCAGCAUUGUGCGCCAAACGGAGCCGGAGGAUGUCUACGAUGACAGACCCAAGGCUAUGCGUGGGCUGUCCGGCACCAGUUCGAAUUCGAAUGGGUCAUCAUCUUAUCACAACCAGCCCUCGUACUACGAGGACUCUUACGACUCGAGAUACAACGACCCCUAUGCCACUGUCCGCGCACCUGCCUCGCGUCCAGCGAUUUACAGCACCUCGUCGGGGUCGUCAAGACAAAUAUCACAGUCAUCUACGCAGAUUUCUGGCUCAGAAAACUGGGAGACCUUUGACGACCACUCGGAACCCGAACCCGACGCCUCGGACGCAUACUACGCCAAGUUGCGGGCUGCGCGGAACAAGCGUUUGCACGAGGGUGCCCACGAAGCGUUCCGCCCGGAUAGCAGCCAGGGCAGCAAACGCAUGCGAGGGCCGGCGACCGUGAGUGCUGUGAUGGUGGACGCCGAGGGGAACAGGAUCAUCUCGGGGAGCGAGUGGACGGAUGAAGAUGCGUACUAAGUAAUGGUCUGGUGUGGUGUGGUCGACGAUGACGAUGAUGAGCUAUGCUGGUCAUGCUUGUGUGUUUGGCGUUUUUGUUUCAGCGAGAAAGGCGUAAGAGCAUGGCGUUGGGGUUUUUGCGGCUGCCGCCCAAUCUUGUUGUCCAUUUCCAGCUGCCCUGGGCAUAGGAGAGGAGAGGAUGGAGACAUCCACGUCCAAUGUCAAUUUGCACACGUGCGUCUGAUCAAUACCUGGUAUUGAAGUACACAAUGACUCUCGUGAUGAUCAUGUCAGGCGUUGAAGGCUGAACCCCUGGAACGCCCCCCAAGACAGCCGCGCCUUAGGCCCUUCUAGCGCCGCGUCACUACCACGCGAUCCCCUGACAGCAGCGUGAAUUAGUGGAUUGUGGUUGGUGCCUAGCCCACCAAAGGCACCCUGACCAGCCAAUUGAGUUCGUGCCUUAGCUUCCAUUUGGGGGUCGCCUGAGAUUGGAU